GUUAGACAGUUUCUUCUCGCCCCGAGUUUACUUCAACUCGCUGUCCCCUUCCCUCGUUACUCCCUCUCGCUAUCUCCGAGACCGCGAACGCGUCAACUCGGAGCAUGUCCUCAGACAAAGGAUGCACCCGCAUCGGUCCCUAUGAGCUGGGCAGAACACUGGGAGAAGGCACCUUCGGAAAGGUCAGACUGGGUCACAAUGUCCUCACCAAAGAAAAAGUCGCAGUCAAGCUCGUGCACUACAACAGAGCCAAGGGCAAGUCAGAGCGCACUCUGGUCGAACGAGAAAAGUUCGCCCUCUCUCAGCUGGACCACCCCCACAUCGUCAAACUCCACCAGCUCUUCGACGACGUAACCUCCAAGUGCUAUUACAUCGUCGUUGAGUACGUCGGCGGAGGCGAGCUAUUUGACUACAUCGUAUCUCGCGGAAGACUGAGGGAAAAAGACGCCCGCAAAUUCAUUCGACAGGUUGUCUCCGCCCUCGACUACUGCCACGCGCACCUGAUCAUUCACCGAGACCUAAAGCCGGAAAACGUGCUCCUCGACGAGCACCUGAACGUCAAAAUCACCGACUUCGGACUGUCCAAUAUCAUGCGCCCUGGAGAAAAAUUCAAGACUUUUUGCGGCUCCCUCCACUACGCGUGUCCAGAAAUACUCAGAGGGGAAGAAUACGCCGGUCCUAGUGCGGAUAUCUGGUCCCUAGGUGUCAUCUUGUACUGUUUGGCGACCGGCUCUCAGCCGUGGAACGCGUCAACAAGCAAGGACAUCCUGCAUCAAAUAUUACACGAGGGCAUCCACUUCCCCGCCUGGCUCACUCCAGAAUGCGUCGAUCUGUUGACGCGCAUGCUUUGCCUCGCUGAAAAAGACCGCAUCACGCUCGAAGAAAUCAAAACGCAUCCGUGGAUCCUGAAGGACUAUGACGAACCCCCACCUUCCUAUCUCCCCCCCAUGCGCCCCCUCAAUACCCUGGACGACGAUAUCAUGCACCAGCUGGUGCUUAUUGGAUAUCAGGAUACCCACCAAACCAGACGGUGCAUCAUGCAGGGCGGUACGGGCAGCAUCAUCACCGCCUAUCAUUCACUUCUGAAUCAAAAAAACCGCAAAUGCGUCUUUGAGCCGGUCGUCAUCUCGACCCCACUCACUUUGGCACCUCUGGACCCGCUCUAUGCCCUCAACUCCCUCCCUCACCCCUCCAAUCGACAGAUUUAUCCCCCCAAAAUUUUCAGGACAAAGUCCGUCGAAUCGCUGAAAACCUCCACUGACAACGCGGUCACCAUCCACGUCUCCGACGCCAGCCUCUCCACUGCCCAGAAAACGCCGCACCCCUCGGAGCUCGCGCACCCCACCAAGCCGAACCAACUCAAAUGCAAGCACCGAUUCCUCAGUCGCAUCAAAGUUUCCUUCACCAAACACUCCUUCUGGCGACUCCUCGUUCAAGGGACCCGCAACGCGCGCCUGCGCGCCAACAGCCCCUCCCCGAAAAAAGAGCCUAGCUCUCAGCAGGUCAUCGAGAAACUCUCCGAGGCCGAUCUCGAGAGCAUCUCUCUCCUCAUCCAAAAAAACAGCGGCAAGUGUCCCAGAAUCAAACGUCGUCCGAUCCUCUCCAACCGACGCACGAUCAACGAGUCAAAAUCCAACAUCUCAGAUCUCUUCACUCUCCCCUCCUCCGAGGAUGUCAGCUCGGCGUAUCGCGCUCGCGAGUGGGUCAACAUCAACCUCCACAUGCGGUGGCAAAACGAGUCCGUAGCCCUUUCGAACGCCUCUAAACGCGCACGAUCAAGAUGCGAUCUUUGA